AUCAAGGAAAUUGUUUUGUGAGUGAACUUCCUUAAACAUGGCGUUAAUAUUUUAUACAAUAUUAUUAUUUAUUCCAGUUAGUUUCAUUAAUGGUCUCCCGUACAGUAAACCUUAUGAUGUAAAAGAAUUCACGUCCGCACGCAUCGUAGGUGGAAAACCUGCUCCAGAUGGUUUUGCCCCGCAUAUGGUAGCUCUUGUUGUUGGAGACUUAUUUAGGAUAUUAGUCUGCGGAGGUUCCAUCGUGCUAACUGCAGCGCACUGCAUUGAAGCAGUUAUGAUAUGGGAUCAUGGGGAUAUUCAUGCCACGCCCGAAUUAUUACCAUCGUUAAGAGGAAUUGUGGGCACUAACGAAUACACGGCAAAUUUAUAUAAAAAUCAAGUUAUGUUUUCAAACUAUACCAUUCACCCGGAGUAUCAACCUUAUACUAUUAAAAAUGACGUAGGACUGCUAAUUACCACAAAAAAUAUAAGGUUUAACGAUAAAAUUGGAGUGAUACCUUUGAAAAGGAAGUGGGUAGAUGGGGGCGAAAAAUCGUACGUCGCAGGCUGGGGUACGGAUGAGAACUUUGUAACGCCGGUACAUCUGCAAUAUCUUCACAUAACAACACUGACCGAUGACGAAUGUAUCGCCGGGGUUCACCAGGCGACGGAGUUGCUAGGACCGGCGCCGCACAUCGACCCUGCUGUCGAGAUCUGCGCCCUACUCACCCAAGGUCAUGGCAUGUGCUUUGGUGACUCUGGCAGCGCGCUAGUGUCGGAGCGGACUGGGCAGCAGAUCGGCAUCGUCUCUUGGGGCUUCCCAUGCGCGCUGGGGUUCCCAGACAUGUUCGUCAGGAUCAGUGGAGUAUGGGACUUCAUACAACCCCACAUUACACCAGCAAGUAUCGAGAAGAGCUGAUUGACGCCUCUGUGAUCAAAUCAAAUCAAAAUCAAUUAUUGCAAGAAACAAAUUCUGUCAUAACAGUAAAGACAAUGGCAAAGCGAAUAAAAAAAAAAACAAUUAUAAUGAAUGAUUAUAUUAGAUAUAAGUUACCUUAUGUUAGAUGUCUGUACACUUAAAUUAACUAAAUUAAAAAACCUUUGUUACUAAAACAUUAGAUUAUUUUUACCUGACUGCCAAAGGAAGGUAAUGUUUUUACAUAAUGACAUAGGUAAAUAGUAAUUACUUAUGUUACUAUCACGGGAUUUAAACAUCGGUGCCGAGGAGUGGGUGGGUGUGUGGGCAGAAGUGUAGGUAUACUUAGCAAUAGCACACCCCGGAGACUUCAUACAAAACACCUCGUUUUACACAGACACUACACAUUGACAUUGACACAUUGGCAUUGGUGGAAUAGAGGCCUAUCUAAUGCGGCGGCAGUUGCGGUGGUGCGGCCAUGUCUCCCGGAUGUCUGAUGACAGAGUGACGAAGCGCAUCUUCUAUUCGGAACUUCAGAGUGGCAAGCGGAAACAAGGCGGCCUAAUUCUGCGGUACAAAGAUGUGCAUGAAACGAUGUGACGUAGACCCGUUGCAAUGGGAGGCGGAGGCAGCUGAACGGUCGUUAUGGAGGCGUACAGUGAACACCAAGGUGUUUGACUUCGAGAAGGAGAGACUUCUCGAUACGAAACGAGACGAGCUCAAGGCGCGACCACCUGCUGCCAUAAAUUAUAAUUAUUUAGGAGGAGUGCUGACGUGCAUUGAAUGCGGUCGUACAUUUAAUGCUAAGAUCGGAUAUGUCAGUCACAUGAGAGCACACGAACGACGCUCUCAUUAGUUGUCGAGUCGCUGUGGCCGAAUACGGUCAGGAAGGAUUGUUACACAUUUACGUUAUCGUACACGCGCAUCUGUGUGUGUGACGUCUGUCGCCAUACGAUUGAAGACUAAAGUAAAACCGAGGGGGUGAGGUAAAAGUAGUUCAGCCGUUGGUGAGGAGCGUAGAGUUGUCGUUCUAUACAUAGAAUAGAAUAUAAAUAGUUUAUUAUAAAAGGGCGCCAUACACACAAAAAAGACAACAACAUCAUAUGAAAUUUCCACUAAAACAAUCAAAAAAGCAAGACAGAUGUUUGUCGAAAUGAUCAUAAGGUGGUGGUGGACAUCCUGAGAUAAAAGGACCUCACUUAGCACAAGUCGCGGCGUGAACCACGACGCUGAUAUUAUGUGGACCCUGUGGGUGAUGCACGAACAUCGUGUUCCAUAAACAUGUGUUAAUGGUGUACAUACAUUAUCUACGUAUUAUUCCUUAUUCUGUGGCAAUAGGUACACCUCCCACACACUCACUCCUCAUACACCGCUGCCUACCCCUUCGGGAAUACAGGCGUGAUGCUCGUGAUAUUACGUGUUGUUAUUUUAUCAGUAAAGUACCUAAUUUUAUUCUGCAUUUUAAUUACUUAUUACGUAAAUUGACGACAUUUCAGAAAUCCACCAUCAAUAAUAUUUAUCAAUUAAUUCGGUGAUAAUAUUUUGAUGUGUUUAGAUUGUUAAAUAAUUACUAUUACUUACUUAUAAUAAAAUUAUAUUGUACCAAAUAUAA